AUGGGUAUCGACAUCAAGAGGCACCACGUCAAGAACGGUAACCGCACCGCCCCCAAGAGCGACAACGUUUACGUCAAGCUCUUGGUCAAGCUUUACCGCUUCCUUUCGCGCCGUACCGACUCUUCCUUCAACCGCGUUGUUCUCAAGCGUCUCUUUAUGUCCAAGGUCAACCGCCCUCCUAUUUCCCUCUCCAAGAUCGCCCGCUCCGCCGCCGGCAAGGAGGACCAGACUAUUGUCUUGGUCGGUACCAUCACUGACGAUGUCCGUCUCCUCGAGGUCCCUAAGCUCACCAUUGCUGCCCUCCGUUUCACCGCUACUGCCCGUGCUAGGAUCUUGAAGGCCGGUGGUGAGUGUUUGACUCUUGACCAGCUCGCUAUGCGUGCCCCCACUGGUUCCAACACCUUGUUGCUCCGUGGUCCUAAGAACUCCCGUGAGGCUGUCAAGCACUUCGGUAUGGGUCCCCACAAGGGCAAGAAGCCUUUCGUCCGCUCCAAGGGCCGCAAGUUCGAGCGUGCUCGUGGUCGUCGUGCUUCCCGUGGUUUCAAGGUGUAA